AUAUGUGUAAAAAGUGCAAACAUAAAAUGUUUUUACAUUCUCUCUAUGUGGUAGUUUAUACUCUAAGAAACUGUGAUUUAUAAAAUCAGAAUUUGUCAGAAAAUGUCAAAUUAUAUUACCGGUCCUGGACGAAAGUCCGGACUUGUGAACGGAUAUUCAAAAUGAGAAAUUUAGUUCCUAUAUUGAAAAUACAACAUUGUUUGUGAAUUUUAAGAUUUGGAAUCUUGUACUUCAAAUUAAAUGAGUCACGAACUACUAAUAUUUUUUGAUAGUCAACCCUUGUAAUAACUGUACUCUUCGAUAUUCGACACUAUUCGACAGUCAAUUGUUAUUUACAAUGCUUGCAUAACGUGCUAGUGGCGGGCUGAUGCCGUUUUUAAAUAUGAAUAGUUCGAAACUGAAUUUACUUUUGAACACAGUCAAUACAUAUUUAAGAUUAAACUCGGAUGUAAAACAAACAAUAUUAAAAAAAUACUUCAAAGAAAACUUCACAUUAUUCUGGAACACAACAUCAUCUAACACUCGCUAUUUUCACUCUUCCUUGAAGGCAGCGCAAGUGCAAAAAGAUGGGGUCACAGUAUUACCUUCGCCUCAAGAAGUCACAACAAUACUCCGAAAAAACGAAUUCAACAAAGAAUUCACAACUGGCUCCAUUAAGUGCUACGAUUCAAAUCAACUGGCUUCAAACGACCCCAUAGAGGAUACUCGUUGUGAGGCACAAUGUAGGAUGACUUCAGGUUUGAUUAUGGGGGUGUUCGAUGGUCAUGGUGGACCUGCUUGUGCCCAAGUUAUAUCAAAGAGAUUGGUUGAUUACAUAGCAGCCGCACUUCUGCCCAUAGAAACAUUGCACAAGUACAUUCAGCAGGAUCCUCGAGAAGCUUUGGUUGACACUUUUAAUAAUAGAGUUGAAAUUUUACAGGAAUUGAAAAUUUUGUAUGAGCGUAGUUUUAGACAAUACUUAGCAGAGUUAGCUAAUUUACCACAUGAGGGUUAUAACGUACCAACAGCUUUGGAACAAGCCAUCAUAAAAAUUGACCAAGAUUUGUCAAAGGAAGCAGUUGAGCCAUAUAAACUUAAUCAGGUGAUAAAUCCCCAGACAUUAUCUGUAGCACUAUCUGGUGCAGUGGCCUGUGUAACACAUGUGGAUGGGCCUAAUCUGCAUAUUGCGAACGUUGGCGACUGUAAUGCUGUUUUGGGUAUUUUGACUGAAGACAAAGAGUGGAUAGCGAAAAAAAUAACAAAAGAACAUAAUUCCGAGAAUUUCGAUGAGUUGAAAAGAAUUUGGAAUGAGCAUCCUGACAAUGAGAGAAAAACUGUAAUACGCAGAGAUAGAUUACUGGGUGAACUCGCUCCUUUACGUAGUUUGGGAGAUUAUAGAUAUAAAUGGCCUAUAGAAAUUUUAAUGAAAGUGGCAGUACCUUUAAUUGGCCCAAAAGCUAUACCUGCAAAUUACCAUACACCGCCUUAUUUAACGGCAAAACCAGAUUUAUAUUACCAUAGAUUGAGUACAAGGGAUAAAUUUUUAAUUCUGGCUUCGGAUGGAUUAUGGGAUAUGAUGACGCCAUUACAGGCAGUCAAGCUGGUGGGCGAGCAUAUGAAGGGAAAAGUUUUCUUUAACCCUUUGAAAUUGCCCAGAAAGAAUAUUCAGCUGGGUGAUAUAAAUGAAUUACUCCUUCACAGGAAGGAAAGCUUGAAGAGUAAGCCAAAGGAUAGAAAUGCAGCCACACAUUUAAUACGUCAUGCAAUAGGUGGUACAGAAUACGGCGUGGACCACUCCAGAUUGGCACAUUUGUUGAGUUUAUCCCCGGAUGUGAGUCGUAUGUUUCGAGAUGACAUAACCGUUACGGUCAUGUAUUUUGAUUCAGAGUUCUUAAGGCAAUGUCCCGCAUGAGAGGGUUUUUAAAUUGUGACAAUAAGAUCGAGUCGUGCCUUCUAUAACGUUAAAUUUUUGUUGCCAAUUUACAUGAUUAGUGAAGAUUUUUUGGUGUUUGAUGUAUUUUAUUCGUGUGAUAUUUUGAUAUGAUUGUUCAAUGAUGGUAGUAAUGCUUAGUCGUGUCGUAGUGUUGUAUUAGUUCAAAUGUGGAUGUUUUUAUGUUUUUAUUUAGUUAAUAUAUUUACUUUGUUAUAUUGUUUUGGAGCCAUUUGAGGCGUUUAUUAAAGGACUCAGUGCUUAUUUCAAGUUGCCAAUGUCUUCUCACAAAUUUAGAAAGAGAAUUGACUAAUAUGUGAUAGUUUAUACCAUGAAGCACAGAGUAUAUCUCAUGAUUAGUCCCUAUUUGAUGUACUAGUACAAUGUAUUAGUUAAUAAUUAUAAUGAUAAUUCUUUUACUGCGAAAAAUACGUAUUUAAACUAUGAAGAAAAUGAAAAAAAGUUUAGUACGUAAUGAAUUAGGUCAUCAACAAUAACGGUUUUAUGAAUAAACAUGGUGCGGCACAGCUAAGGUAGCGGUUACAGUGCUUUUUCUACUCAAACAUAACAGUAGGAGACAAAAUCUGCGUACAUAAUUACACAAAGUUUGUUAAUACGUGCAUUAGUGUCCAUUUCUAUGAACAAAAUUUAAUUGAAACAUUAAAAUGUCAUUUACAGUAGAUUGAGGGGAAUAGGGACUAGAUGUAGAAUAGGGACAAAUUUGGGAUAUCACAAUACUUAUGUGGGGUUUUUAGAGAUUUAACUUUGUUGAACUGAAAAUGACUUUUAUUUAGUGUUUAAGAAUAUUAAAUGGUUUAAUUUAGUCAUCACAGAUUUGUAACUCAUUAAAGAUGUUAAAAAGCUAAUUACCUAAAGUCUGAAAAACUAUUGUCCCCAUACGUAACCUGAUUCACCCCAAAGCCACGGUGAAUCGGGUCAAGCUAGUUUUUUCAGUUUUUGUGUAUAUUUUGUAAUG